AUGGCUUCUCAAGCGGCAGCAAAGGCUGCUGGUGGCCUUGUUUCCAUCUCAAAGAAACAAACUCUCCAGUCCACCGGCAUCUGGGAGACGGUCCGAAAGGCGUUUGCCAUUGACCCCAACCGCUCCAACGGCGUCCCUCUAAAUCCUUACUUCCGAAACCCGACUCCCGGCGGCCUGGACCCCCAGACUUACGAUGACCCCGUCACCAUUCCCGCCGGCGACAUCGCCGACAACGCCUACUGGAAGCGUGACGUCCGUCGCUCGUACCCGCAGCUCAGCGUCGUGAACCAGGGCCACGCCGUGUCCCUGCUGACGGUCGGCAGCGCCGCAAACCCCAAGGUCGAGCUGAUUGGAGAGGCCGGAGAGAAGACCCUCGUGGCCGCGCAGAAGGAGGGCGAGACAGGACUGGCCAAGUUCUUCGAGAAGGCCCCCAAGGAUGUGGCCAAGGAUGUGUUUGUCAAUGGCCUGCCUCCCCUGCCGAGCGGACAGACCUUGGUGUCGGGAGCGUGGGAUGUGCACAAGUACGAACUCAACGAGGAGCAGGAGCAGACAUAUGGUGCUGGCUAUCCUUGCAGAACAUUCAAAUGA